AUGUCUACCAAUCCUUCAACUGCAUCGAGUACAGUUGGCUACGAUGGCCAGGGGCACUCCCCCUACGGAUCCGCAGACGGCGAGGAUGUUGUGGAGAGCAAUAUCGAAGAGCCACAGUCCUAUUCCCCAAAAAGGACCAACGAACCCCUUUCAACCCAAGACCCUGAACGAAGACCCCUGCUAUCUCCCGAUGAUCCCAGUGUGUCGCCGUUGAACGUCAGACGUGUGCGUAUCUCGCGUGGAGUCAUCACCUUGUCAACCGUGGUGUCUGCACUGUGGUUCAUCUUGUUGCUGGUGUCAGACUUUGUCUCCAUCCCGGGAUUCAAUAACCGGGGAAGAAGCUUUUUUGAAUUGGACCUGAUAUUUCUCAGUUUGAUAGCAAAUUUCACUGCUCUGACGUUUUUCACGGUCCCAUCGCCGUUCGAACGAACAGUGGGCUACGUCACCUCUGGAUUUAUCGCUUUUGUCCUCUUUCUGAUUCUGGUGGUACCAUACCUCAGACAUCAGCACGGAAUGGUUGGAUUUUUGACUGUUUUGUGGGUAUCAGCCACAAUGGCUUUUGGAUGUUUGGCUGAUUACUUUGUGGAGUUGGCUAAGACCUCCGAGGAGAUAAGACUCACUGGUCGCCCCGAGACCAGACGCACUCUGUUCGAAUACACAGCCAUUUCGGUCAGAUUCGUUCUGAGAGUCGUGGUACUAAUUCUGGCAUUUUUCUUGUGGCUCAAUGUGCUGUUUUCAGCGUUUGACUCGAGAAUCAAGCCAUGGGGCAAGACCGUCUCUGUUGCCAAUGACUCUUUGGAUCUGCAUCUGUAUUGCGUGGGAGAUGUCUAUGGAAAUUCUACUAACGAAGAGAAGAGAUCACAACCGACUGUUCUUUUGGAAUCAGGACAAUACACCUCUGUUGAAGAAUUCUCUAAAUGGGUGGAGGAACUAUAUCAUCUGAAUAAGAUCCAAAAGUACUGCCUGUACGAUCACCCGGGAAUGGGGUUUUCAGACUCUGCUCCAUCGCCCAUAUCCAUAGGGAUAAUUACCGAUAUGCUUCACGAGGCUUUGACCAAGGAGAAGAUCUAUGGACCUUUCACUCUGGUCGGAUUUGACAUGGGUGGAUUGUACUCCAGGGUCUUUGCAUCCCGCCAUAUGGAUCAGGUUGAUUCUGUGCUGUUGGUUGACUCUUGGCCUGCAGAUUUGCUAAAGGGUAAUCCCCUAGGCAAUACUGCUAAAGGAGAGAGAAAGGACGAAAAUUUCAAAAAGACGCUAGGUAUAAGGCCAAUGUCUUCUCGUACUGGUCUUGCACUUUGGCUGGAAGGAGUGGUUGCACCAUUCAGUCUGAGAAACUUCAAGAGAAUGCUUUUGCACCGUGAUGGGUCUAAUUCGAGGAUCUGGGGCGACAGCAUGAGGUACCAGAGCAAGUUCAUAAGGGCCAAACUGCAAGAGCAGAUAACGUCUAAUAUCCUGUCGUACAACGAGGUGGUUAACGCAGACGAGCAGCUGCACAAGGUUCCGCUGAGUGUGGUGACUUCCAACACAAUGAUCAAGAACUCACCCAACUGGGGGAGAUGGCAGCGAGAACUCACCAAGCUGGGAACAGGUGCUGUUGAAUGGUUGAUUGCGGAUGGUGACCACAAGAUUUGGGAGAAUCCAAAGGGUGUCAAAGAUCUUCAGGAUAUUCUUAGGGGUAUUGUCACUGGAGAGACUGUCAUACCUUUGGAGGCCGAAAACACGACUGACCUAGUACAGAACACACCAUGA